GAGUGUUGCGCGCGCGCCGUUCUCUGCAGCUCAACCUCGUGCUGUUAUUGAUUUGACCGCCUUAUCGAUACCUUCCGCUGCGUUUAAUAUCCGCGCAAAAUUUCGUAAAGUAAUGAGAUGUCUUGCGGGUGCACGUGAUUAUUUGGAGAAUUGUAUAUCGUAAACAACACGUGAUGCGGUGGUAGGCAGCAGGCGCCGUCACUCGCAGACCGAGCGGCGCCGCCGCCGAUGGACCAGCCCCUGCCUCGGCGUGCAAUCAGAUAACGUGAUGUGACAACGAUACGUGUAGUGCUAGUGGAAUAGUUUUGUGAAAGUGUGCAGUGAGCGUGAGCGAACAGACGACAGCCGGCGCGGCCGGCGCCUCGCCCCGUCACCAUGUUGAACUGCACCGAUCUGGAGUGCAUCCUACACCACCACCACUACUACGCCCACCUGCAUCACAUACACCACUUGCAAAAUGCGCAGGACUCAGCUAUGUCGACCGAUGGGUCGACGACGGAUAUCAAUGGGUUGCUCAAUGAUACUGAAUCUGAUCUCACCAACCUAUCGCAUCUUGAUGCGCCGAAUGAUGCGAAUUACAUGAUAUGCGGUGUGGUGAUUGCCAUGGCCUUAGUCGGCCUCAUUAUUGUGCUCUUAGCACUAACUAUUAACAAGCUGCGCAAGCGGGAGGAACACUCUGCGUCGGUGCAUCCGGCCGAGGUGCUGCAGGCGCCAGCCGCGCAGCCCGCCGAGCCCGUCACCUUCCGCCAGCAGCCGCUGUGGCAGUUCCCGCCGCCGCUGCCCCCGCCUUACGUCUAUCCCCACGAUCAGGACAACUCAUUGCAGCCCAUCGGGAAUGAGCGUGCAAGUUUCCGCAGCCUUCGUAAGAACAUUGGCGGUCGCUGGAAGCGACUGGUGACGAAGAAGCCUGAACAGGAGGUGUACACCAUUCCACCCGAGCUCAAGCCUCAACUCAAGCAGAUAUACGUAUAUUAACCGCAGCUAGCGGGCGUUACAAGCAGCGAGAAGCAGGACACUUCAGCUGAUAGGCGAUGACAUCAAACACUUUGAAUGGCUGUAAACAAAUCCAUAUCUUCACUAGGAUAUUCAAAUUUGAUUCCAUAAAAUCCUGCACGGCUCAUUAGCCUAUAUCUUUGAACAUUAUCAUUUCGACCAAUUAAUUCUAAUGACCAAUAUAUCUUAUUUAACUUCGUUUCAGCGUGUGUGAUGUGGAGCCUAGAUUUGUAUUAUUAAGUAUUAGAACACUACCGUUUGUGAGUGUUAAUUCCGUUGCAGAAAUCUGAUUGUGUUGUAAGCAUGAGUGAUAGUCAAAUGAAUUUAGCUGUAUUAAUUUAAUGUUAUGAGUGAACUUAGGAAGAUGCGGUCGCGCAUACUAGUGACGAAAAUCCAAUAAUUGACUAAAAUGAUGAUGCCUUGUUAAGAGUAAUGACUAUUAGGGCAUUUUGUAGAUCAUUAACUUAUUCUAGACAUGGUCGUAUUCGUAAGUGAAAAUCGAUCAAAUAUUUUGUGAAGCUAUUAUACACAUUGUCAUGCAAUUCGUUUAUGUCUACGUGUAAUGAGAUAGUACGAGUUUUGUGCGUCUUAUUGUUUUAAUCAAGUAUUUUUAUAUUAUUCAAUUGUGUUGUGGGUGAGACUGAGAUAUGGUACAAUUUUAAUAAUGUAACGACACUUGCUGUUCAAAUCAAAAUGUUUCUAGAUGUUGUUGACUGUAGAUUUCAAUUUCAAACACAAGUUUCACAAUUAUGAAUGACCUAGUAGAAAGUAGUGUAAUAUUUAGAUUUUCGACCUGCCCCAAUUGUGAUAGUUCUAUGGAAGAUGUCAUAUCAUUACUAAUAUCAUCAGUAAACGAAAAUGCCUUAAAAUUGUCAAUUACAACCUAUGAACGGGCUUUGGUCGAAAAUUUUAAUAGCUCAUAUUGAGCUUGAUAUUUUGGAGAAUUAGAAAUGUAGCUAAUAAAUAAAAAUCCAGCCAUGAUUAUUUUUUUUUUCGUUAAAGUCUAAUUGUUGCAGUAAAAUGAUACCAUGUUAUAGCAAAAUGUAAUUUCGACACUGUGAGAAGUUACUUUGUUUAGGAAAUGUAAUCUUUCAUUGAAAUAAUGAAGAAUAAAUAAAUUCCAUCAUGAUUAAAAUUA